CGCGGAUCGAUGCUGCACGUUCAGCAGCACACCAGAAGCGCCUGACCGAAGUAGAUGGAGCUCGGGCAGUACGAGUCGGUCCGGGCAAGCGUGUAUGGCGCUGUGGACUUUCCUGCGACGCAGCCAACUGUUGUCUUGCAGACGCUGUUCACGAUGGACGAGGAUGAGUCGCCAAACAUGACAAGGUAUGGCACGCAAUUGGCCGCAGGCGUCGUCGACGAAGUUGAUGCGGCCACGGUACUGUUCACUGCGUUCCACAGCCACUCGAGCAAAGAUUUCAACAAGUUUCCAUCGCUCGAUGUUGAGUCGUUGCUGUUGCCAUCGUGGUCGUUGGGGCUAGAGUCGUCGUUGUCACAACGGAGGUCGUGGAAGCAGCGGUGGAAGGGACUCCAGUCGCACCUUCGGUACUUGUUGGGGUCGUUGGUGCAGUCGUGCCAGCGAGAACUCCAUUCUGCGUCGUCGUCGUGGGAGCUUUGGUCGUGGCUGCCGGAGGAAAAACACACUGCCAAACCUGCGCCACGUACGUACACACAGCAUCUUGCGGGGCAACGCACGUCCCCGUCGCGGCAUUCCACGACCUCAUUGUCGAGUUGCAAGGGGCUCCCGAUGACACCGUGCCUUGAAGUGGGCACAACGUGCCCUGGGGAGCGCAAGUCCCGGUGCCGCCACACAGAAGCGCCUUGGACGCAGCGGACACUGCGAAUGACGAGUCGUUGA